GGGAGCGGCGCCAUCUUGGGGCCGGGGCCGGGAUCUUCGGCCCCUCAACCUCGGCCCUAAGCGAGGGGUAGCGCAGCGCUCCGGUGGGUUCGUCGCUCUUCUCCAUCCAGCCGCGAGCCAUGCACGUAGCGGGCCUUGACUCGUCAGACGAAGAGGCCACCGAGGAGGAGGAGGGGGAGGAGCCGCUGCCGCUGUCCUGGCUUCCACUGCCUCCUGCCUACUCCUCUGCGUUCCUGGCUGUGUGUUCCCUGCCAGGUUGCAGGUUUAAGGACAUUAGAAGGAACCUUCAGAAAGAUAUCGACGAACUAAAGAGCUGUGGGACACAGGAUGUGUUUGUGCUUUGUACCAAAGGAGAGCUCUUAAAAUACCGAGUACCAAACCUUAUAGAUGCCUACCAAGAGUGUGGGAUCUGUGUGCACCACUAUCCUAUUCCAGAUGGAGAUGCUCCUGACGUCACCACCUGCUGCACAAUUCUGGAAGAGCUCAGAAGCUGCCUGGAAAGCAACAGGAAGACAAUCAUCCACUGUUACGGUGGCCUCGGACGCUCCUGUCUCAUAGCUGCAUGCCUCCUGCUUCAGCUUUCGGAUGUGGUGACACCUCAGCAAGCAAUAGACAGCCUCAGAGAAUUAAGGGGAUCUCGGGCAAUACAGACAGUCAAGCAAUACAAUUAUAUCCAUGACUUCCGAGGGAGUGUAGCUGCACAGCUGGAAGCACGGGGCACAGCACAGAGGUCGGUGUCACGGUGAGCGUGUGCUGGAGUGGCUUUGUCUGCGUGGCUGUGGCAAACACCUGGACAAGGCAGCUCAUCCCAACCUCAGUACCUGCUUGUUGCUGCUGCCUCUGUGCCACCACUGCUCGCUUUCAGAUGCGUGUCAAGUGUUGGGGCUGGAGGCAGGAAUCUUGAUGGACAUAGAGCUUCUGCAUCUUCUUAGCAAUCCUUUGUACUCACUGCCUUAAAAUGCACUGAACUGUUUUGUGUUCAUUACUGGUGUGGUGCUGACCUGAAUGCCUAACAGGCUUCUUCUCAACACAAGGACAACUUGAGCAGACUCACAGAACGGCCCUGGUUGGAAGGGACCUCAAGGAUCACGAAGCUCCAACCCCCCACCAAUGCAGGGCCACCA